AGUUCAGGCGGCAUCUCAAGCCCAGGAAUUGUGGCGCAUAAAGCUAAUCGAGUUAGUUGGAGGUGACUCCUUGUGCUUGGGAAUGGUGGUCUGUGAGGUUCUCUCCUCCGCAGCCCCUCCUCACGCCCCCCAACUCAGGUCUCAACUUAUGUUACCUUUGUAUAGGAGAAGCUUCAUAUUAGAACAGGAGGGGGCCAAAGUAUCUUUUUCCCCCGAGUGUCUCAGCCGACCUUUAUUUAUCAAGACGUUUUUAGGCCGACCUGGGCAGGAGGGAGUGAGAAACUGAGAUUGAGAAGUCCUCGGUGAAGAAGCUGGGAGAGUCAGCUUUUCGUACGAUACAAAAUGAAUCUCUAAGCAGGUGAAAUGCAGACUGCAGAUUUUGAACCACAGGCAAUUCUGCCGGAAUCCUGGCAAUUUCGGUAGCAGUCAGCCGAGGAAGACGGAAGCGGACAACAUAUUACUAAACCAGCGAGCCCCCUGAGCAAAGAGGCGCCGAACACGCUCUCGAUCCCUUUAAAGCGCCCCAAGCGGUCACAUGACAGCAGCACCGCUCUUCUUCCUCCUCCGCCCUCUGGCCGCCGGGCCGCCUUGCGUCACUUCCGUCCAGUCCGGGAUCCAAGAUGGCAGCUCUCCUGCUGAGACAUCUUGGCCGUCAUUGCCUCCGUGCCCAUCUUAGUCCUCAGCUCUGUAUCAGAAAUGCUGUUCCUUUGGGAACCACAGCCAAAGAAGAGAUGGAGCAGUUCUGGAAUAAGAACACAAGUUCAAACCGUCCUGUGUCUCCCCACAUCACUAUUUACAGUUGGCCUCUUCCCAUGGUGAUGUCCAUUUGCCACCGUGGCACUGGUAUUGCCUUGAGUGCUGGAGUUUCUCUUUUUGGCUUGUCUGCCCUGUUGAUCCCUGGGAACUUUGAGUCUCAUUUGGAACUCGUAAAGUCCCUGUGUCUGGGGCCAGCACUGAUCUACACAGCCAAGUUUGCACUUGUCUCUCCUCUCAUGUAUCACACCUGGAAUGGGAUACGACACUUGAUGUGGGACCUAGGAAAAGGCCUGAAGCUUCCCCAGCUAUACCAGUCUGGAGUAGCUGUCUUGAUUCUCACGGUGUUGUCCUCUGUAGGGCUAGCAGCCAUGUGAAGAGUUGAGGUUCCCAACAUCUUCCUACAACUUAUUACAUUGACCUUCCUGUUUGCUACUCCUGUCUCCAGCCAGGGCAAAGUUCUCCUGAUUUGAUUAAAUCCUUUUGUGCUUGCAGAUCCCCCUGGAGCUCAGUAAUAGAGAACUUAGUAAAACCAAAGUAAUGGAAAAGGUCCCCUUUUCCCCUUGUUUCUAAAGAUGGAGUGGCUGCAAAAACUCCAUUUUCCUGCCCCCAGGUUGUAGCCUACUCUGGGCCUAGGAGCCUUUAUUCUCUCUCCAUAUUGUGCUUUGAUUUGUGCUGAGGGUCAGCUUUUGGCUUCUUCCUGAGACAGUGGAAACAAUGCCGGCUCUGUGGCCUCUACCCUGGGGACUGGGGGUGGGGCUUUGGGUGCCACUGCCUGUGGGCUGGUGGCUUAAAGGACAAUUCUGUUCAUUGGUCAGAGCCCAGGGUCUUUAGCACCCACACAUUGUGACUGAAAGAAGAGAGGGUGAGGGAAAUUAGCCUGUCCCAGCUAGAGGGAGAUAAAGAGGGUGAGUUGACUCUGGGAGCAGGUGCUUUAGAGAGACGACAUACAGCCUUUGAUGCAAGAGGAAGAUCCGUUGAACAUACCAUUUAACGUUAUCAUUGAACAUACUAAGAGUUUUUUUCUUUUCUUCACAUUUCCAGGAAAACAAGUCUCCUAACAUCAUGUUCUUGUCACAUAUUUUUCUGAAACUGAAUUAAAAUACUCAUUCUGCCUUUGACUCUCCUUGAAAUCUAGAGAAACUGGGAGAAUGCAAUUGAGGGGGAGCCAAUUUCCUCCCUCUCCCUCUGGUCUCAAGCAUUUACACCCCCUAAUUUGACCUUUCCCAGGAGGGAAACAGUUUGUCCUGUGACUGACCACUGGGAAUCAAAUACAAGUAGCCAGAGAUUUAAAUAUGUAGAAGCCUCAGAGAAGGAAGGAGCAAAAAAAAGGGAGUUAAGCAUGUGGAGAGCUUUUGGGUUAUUAGAGACUCCAGAUCCCACUGGGGCCUGAUUAUGAGCAGCCUCAUGGUACUGUUCAGCCAAUGA